AUGGCAUCCAAGUACUAUUAUGCAGUAGCAAAAGGCCGUAAACCUGGAGUUUACAAUAGCUGGUAAUGCAUUUUCACAUUUACAAUAGUUUCGUAUUGUUUUAAAUCUGUUUCAUAAGUAUUUUGCCAUUCUCUUUGUUAAAUAAGGGAUGAAUGUCAAAGACAAGUACAUUGCUUCUCUGGAUCUGUGUUCAAAAAGUUUAAAACAGAAAAAGAAGCACAUAACUUUAUUCAGCAAAACACAGAAACAAGUACAAGCUAUGAUAUGAAAAGCCCAUCACAUGUAACAUUUAAAAGGAAACAAAUGGAAACUAUAAUAUUGAUUGCAAUGAUUAUGUGGAUGUAUAUACAGAUGGUGCAUGCAGUUCAAAUGGAUAUAAAAAUGCAAAGGCUGGUAUAGGUGUUUGGUUUGGCGAUAAUCAUCCUCUAAACGUGUCAAGAGCAGUUGUUGGCCGGGCAACUAAUAAUGUGGCUGAAAUUCAAGCUAUAAUUGCAGCUGUUAAACAAGCAAAAAAAGCAGGCAUUAAGAAUUUGAGGAUUAAUACAGACUCCCAGUUUGUCAUUUCCUGUAUAAAUAAUUGGAUGCCGAAAUGGAAAACUAAUGGAUGGGUCACUUCAAACAAUAUGCCUGUUAUAAACAAGGUUGAACUGUUAGAAAUGGAGGAGGCUUUGAAAUCUUUGAAUGUGACUUGGGUAAUAAUACGUAAUUAUCGUAAUUCUGUGUUUUAUAAAUCUUUCUGUGUAUUAUAAUGUUUUAUGUCUGUUAUAUUAGACUUCAAUAUUUCAGAAUCACGUUAAUGGUCAUGUUGGAAUUUAUGGUAAUGAAAUGGCUGAUCAAUUAGCACGGGAAGGAUGUUUAAAAUAA